GUGCAAGGCGUUAUCGUCUUGCUUGGGGUUUGGGGGUUUAUCUGCAAUCUGAGUUAAACAGAUUUCACUGAAAUUCAGGUUUUCAUUUCUCACUUUCCAUACAGUUCAGCAGAAAGCUUCAUUCAACUAGACCAUGACCUCGUCACUACUUUCGUUAUAACCUUGUUUUUCAUCGAUGGACAUUCUCAAUAUUUCAAACCCUUCUAACUUUUCAAUCCCCUCUUUCUGCCAACCCAAAGCCUUAAAGCCCAAAUUCCCACCAAACUAUAACAAACCCACAUCCCCAUUUCGCAGAACCCCAUUCCCACUCUACCUGUCUCGCUCUACCGCCGUAAAAUUUCAAACUUGGGCGCAUUCCGGCCGCCCCACCAAGCGUCGCAACUCCCUGAGGAAGAAGCUCCUCCGUGAUCACAAGGUAAUCCCUAAUCAGAUUCCCAACGACCCUCUUUCUUUUUCUGGUAAUGGCGUUGAAGAGAGUGGUGUAGGGAUUCAGGGGGAUUCUGUUGCCGACAGUGUGGUUGAAGCUGAAAAAUCAAAGUCCAAGCUUUUGGGUGAAUCUGUUUUGUGGAAUAAGUUGGAGAGUUGGGUUGACCAGUACAAGAGAGAUAUUGAGUAUUGGGGUGUGGGGUCUGGUCCUGUGUUCACUGUUUAUGAAGAUUCCCUUGGAGGUGUCAAGAGGGUGUUUGUUGAUGAAGAAGAGAUUUUGAAAAGAAGCAAGGUUAGGAGGGAUGUGAUUGGGGACUUCCCUGAAGUAAGAAGUAAAAUUUUGAAUGCUAAGAACAUGGCAAGUGAGAUGGAGAGUGGAAACAAUGUGAUUGCAAGGAAUAGUUCUGUGACUAAGUUUGUGGUUCAUGGUAAGGAGGAAGGUGGUUUUGUUAAGGCUGUCCGAGGUUUUGUUGCGAAGCCUCAAUUACUUCCUAGGCUUUCCAGGGUUGGGAGGUAUGUGUUAUAUGUGUUGGUUGUUAUGUGGGUGGUGAAGAAGUUAUUUGCUUUUGGUGAAGGAGAUAAGGAGGUGGAGUUUACACCACUGGAGAAGGAAAUGAUGAGGAGGAAGAUGAAGGCGAGAAAGGAGAAGGAAAAGUUGGUGAAGGGUUCUGUUGAAGUUAUUGUUGAACCUUCGGAGACACCGGUGGUGGACAUAAAAAGGCCUAAGUUAGAUAAGGAACAACUAAGGAAUAAUAUUUUGAAAGCUAAGGGAUCUUCUGAUAAACUGGUAUUAGGUGAUUCGUCUGACAAAAUAAAAGCUAUAUCCAUGGAGAUGGAUUAUAAAGUUCAAGAAAUAAAAGAAAUGGCUAGGCAGGCACGGAAAAUUGAGGGAAGAGACAAUGUUGUAGUUAACAAGGAUUUGGAAACGGAUGACUCGGUGAUUAGGAAAUCAUCUGAUGAUAAUGAACUCAUAAAAAGGAAGAGCGAACGAGAUGACAGCUUAACUGAUAAUCAAAUUGAAGUUGUGCGGGAAACGACAGAUAGUAAUGUCAUUUUGCAAUCAACUUCUAUUGAUGUCCCAGAGAACAUUGAUAAUUCAGUCCCACAUGAGGUAGUUCCUGCAGAUGAAGGCAAUGUACAUGCUUCGGAUGUCAUAGUUUCGGGUGAUAAGGAAAUCAAGAAACAGGAAAUAGAAUUUUCUGAAAAUAAUGUGCACCUGAAGGAUAAAGAAAAUGACAAUCCCUUAGAUACUCGUAUUAAUGGCUCAUCUAUGACAAAUGAAAAUUCUGUGAAGAAGAAACGCAGGAUCAUACGGUCUGUUAAGGAAGCCAGGGAUUAUCUUUCAUCAAAACAUGACAAACAAAAUCCUGGUGCUGGCACUGCAUCUAAACUUAAUCCCGUGAAAGAAAGUAUUACUGAUUUGAAGUCUUCAAGUGUUGUUGAUUUUAAGGACCAGAAGAGCCAGAACUUGAAGAUGAACAUAACUAGAUCAAGAAGUGACACAUUGAAUGGAACAUUGGAUUCUAAGCCUGCUAUAGAUGAUCAUGGAACAUUGGAUUCUAAGUCUUCAAGUGUUAGCGAUUUUACGGACCAGAAGAGCCAGAACUCAAAGAUGAACAGAACUGGAUCAAGAAGUGACACACUGAAUAGAACAUUGGAUUCUAAGCCUGUUUUAAAUGAUCAUGGAACAUUGGAUUCUAAGUCUUCAAUUGUUAGUGAUUUUACGGACCAGAAGAGCCAGAACUUGAAGAGGAACACAACUGAGUCAAGAAGUGACACAUUGAAUGGAACAUUGGAUUCUAAGCCUGUAAUAAAUGAUCAUGAGGAUUCUACUUUGAAGGAUAAGGAACUAAUCCCAAUAAAGAAUGACUACAAAGAUUCUGGGGUUGAACCUGGCGCAGGAAUCCAUCAAAAGUCUGCGACCACUUUUGAUAGUGGAGUUAAUGGCACUGGUCCAACAAAUGGGAAAUCAGAAAAUUGGCCAGAGAAAAACCUCCUCGAAGUUGAGCAAAUCAUUAGUGAUGGUUUAAAUGGAUUAUCAGAUUCUAAGCCUUUCACAAAACCUAUUGAAGAUUCUAAUCUAAAGAAUAAGGAGUUUAACCCAAUGAAGGAUGACUACUUCAAAGACUCUGGCGUUGAACCUGGUGUAGGAAACCUUCAGAUGUAUGACACCACUUUAGACCAUGAAAUCAACAGCAUCAGUACAGAGACAAGGCUACCUUUAAUGCCAGAGAAUGGUACUUUAAAUGGAUUAUCAGAUUCUAAGCCUGCCACAAAUCCUAUUGAAGUUUCUGAUCAGAAGAAUAAGGAAUUAGGCACAACAGAGGAUGACUACCUCGAAGUUUCUGGUGUUGAACCUGAAAUAAGAAACCAUCUUAAUUCAGGUACCACUCUAGAUGAUGAGGUUAAUGACAUUAGUACAGAGACAAAGGUGUCUGGAAAGACUGAAAAAUGGCUUGAGAAAAACUUCCAUGAAGUUGAGCCCAUAGUAAAGCAAAUUAGAGUUGGAUUUGGAAAUAACUACAUGGCUGCAAAAGAGAGAGUCAAUCAACCUCUAGAUAUGCCCACUGAGAUGGAAUCACUUAGAGGUGUUGGUGAUGAUGGAGAACUUGACUGGAUGCAAGAUGAUCAUCUUAGGGAUAUUGUCUUUCGAGUCCGCGAGAAUGAGUUGUCUGGAAGGGACCCAUUUUAUUUGAUGAGUGAUGAAGAUAAGGGCACAUUUUUCAGAGGUCUUGAGAAAAAGGUGGAGAAAGAGAAUAUAAAGCUUUCUUACGUACAUGAAUGGCUCCAUUCCCACAUUGAAAAUCUUGAUUACGGAGCAGAUGGCAUUAGCAUAUAUGACCCGCUGGAGAAAAUCAUACCACACUGGAAAGGGCCUGCUGUAGAGAAAAUUCCCGAGUUUCUUAAUGAAUUCCUUGAUGAAAGAAAGACAGGUUUCACCACAAAUAUGAAUCCAGUGAAGAAGGAUGAGAGUGGCUUUGCUAUAACAUCGUCUGAUUCCUCUGCACAAGAAAAGUUUGAUGGCCCUACAGCGCCUACCAAGAAGUUGAAAAAUCCUAGGACUAUUAUUGAGGGAAGUGAUGGUUCUGUUAAAGCUGGCAAAAAAUCAGGGAAGGAAUAUUGGCAGCACACGAAGAAAUGGUCCCAAGGAUUUUUAGACUGUUACAAUGAUGAGACAGACCCAGAAGUAAAGUCCAUAAUGAAGGAUAUGGGGAAGGAUUUGGAUCGCUGGAUCACUGAAAAAGAAAUAAAGGAAGCAGCUGAACUAAUGGACAAACUCCCCGAUAGGAAUAAGAGUUUCAUGGAAAAGAAACUCAACAAGGUUAAGAGAGAGAUGGAGUUGUUUGGCCCGCAAGCAGUGGUUAGCAAAUAUCGUGAAUAUGCAGACGACGAAGAGGAAGAUUACUUAUGGUGGUUGGAUCUUCCACACAUUCUGUGCAUCGAGUUGUACACAGUUGAGGAGGGAGAGCAGAAAGUAGGACUUUAUUCAUUGGAGAUGGCUGGAGAUCUUGAAUUGGAACCUAAGCCACAUCAUGUGAUUGCUUUCCAAGACGCCAAUGACUGUAAAAACCUUUGUUACAUAAUUCAGGCUCACAUGGAAAUGCUGGGAAAUGGUCAUGCCUUCGUUGUUGCACGACCUCCUAAGGAUGCUUUUCGAGAGGCUAAAGCAAAUGGGUUUGGUGUUACCGUCAUCAAGAAAGGUGAACUUCAACUCAAUAUAGACCAACCACUAGAAGAAGUGGAUGAACUGAUUACAGAGAUUGGCAGCAAAAUGUAUCAUGAUAUGAUGAUGAAAGAGCGGUCUGUGGACAUAAACACAUUAAUGAAAGGAGUUUUUGGUUUUAAUGACCGCUCCAUCAAGAGGUUAAAGCGGAAGUUGAAGAAAUCCAGAAAGGGGUGAUGGCUGUAAAACUUUCAACAAUGAGACCAGUUGAAGACAGUGAAAUUGAUUUGUAUAUAUAUUGAGUAACAUAUUGCUACCAACUUAGAGCUCCACUUGUAGAAAAA